AUGGCCCCCCGUCUCGUCCGCCGGGCCCCCCUCUCCGAGCGAGUGCUGGCAGCCCUCAACCCGCUCGACGCCCUCCUGAACCUCUCCACCUGGAUCUCGUCCUUCGACUGGGACGGCAUGCAAUCGACCUUCGCCACGCCCCUCGGGCUCACGCUCAACGCGCUCUGCCUCUUCACGCGCGCCCACUCGGACAGCCGCUCCUACCGCCGCGGCGUCGAGGACGUCAUCCGCCGCGGUGCCGGCAGCACCAGCGGCGGCUGGGGAGCCGCAAUGGCUUAUUCCUGCAAUGUCGUCUCGUGGUCGCUCGCGAUCCUCAGCAUCGUCAACGCCCUCUACUGCGCCUUUAGAACACGGCCCUACAGGCUGUUUGAAAACAAUAUCGAUAUCCCGCCGCAGACACCCUCCGCCCGCCGCGUCCGCGUCGACUCCUCGCCCACCACCUCCCCGAUAAAGCUCCUGACCGCCCUCCUCGAGCCCUUCCACGACUCCCCCACCAGCCGCGAGCACCCCAGCGCCACGCGCGACGUCUGGGAAGUCAGCAUCUGGGACCCCAGCCCACUCUCGCUCCGCCUCCUCGCCCUCUUCUCCCCCGCCCACGUCGCCGUCUACUUCCUCUCCUUCCCCAUCACGCAGAACCUCUCCUACAGCAGCGCCCUCAGCAGCUACACCUACACGCCCAGCGCCAACACCUACGCCGUGCUCGCCACGGCCCUCGCAACCCAGCUCAUCAUCAGCGCCCAGCUCCUCCUCCUCCAGCGCUUCUUCGCCCAGCAGCAGAAGGACAAGGCCCUCCUCUCGAAGCAGCUCAUGCACGAGUACGACACAAAGUUCGUCCAGCCCCGCGUCACUACCGUGCGGCGCGAUGUCGCGACGCAGACGCCGAAUCCGCGCACGGGCGAGCCCGGCGAGGUCGAUACGUACUCCCCCAUGAUGGCCCGCCAGGGCUUCCGCACCGCGCCGAACCCGAAUUAUGCGCCGCUGACGGCGGCGGGGCCGACACAGCUGGUCCCUACGGCGCGCGGCGACCAGGGAUACGGGUACUCGCCGCUGGCGGCGACGAUGCGGCAGCCGCAGUUUGGCGGCGGCGGCGGCGGCGGCGGCGGCGGCGGCGGCGCUGCUACAAGACGUGCGGCGGCGGCGGCGGCGGCGGCGCCAGGGGGAUUAUACGGGAGUCUCGGUGGAGGUAGUCUGGCGGAGCCGGCGAGGAGGAUGCCGCGCGUCAAGAGGGAGGAGAGUGAUGGCGAGGAGGAGCAGCAGCAGGAGAAUAUGCGGCCGAGGCGGUACUGGCACACGCGGGGGGCGGGGGCGGCGGGGGGCCCGGAGGCGCAUCUGAUGGCGUCGAAUGUGGGCAUGCAUGGGCUGGUGAAUAUGAGUCUGCAGAACAGCAGGAGCCUGAGCCCGAGUAAGAUGGCGAGCCCGUUUAAGAGGGUGCCGGCGGCGAGGGGGGGCGCGGUGUCGGCGAGGAGGUAG